GCGGUUAACCAAAAUGUCCAAAGCGCUUAUAUUCACGAUCGCUUCUCUCGUUCCGUUCAAUCGUUUGAAAUUACGAAGGUGUUUACUCGUUGAAAUAAUUUUUAUUCGUGUAUUUAAUACGGAAUCAAAAGAUUAAUUAAUAUACAAUUUUAAAAUGUUUGAAAUAUAUCUGGCAUUAAUACAGAAAUAAUUUUGAUAUAGAAGGAAACGUCAAAAGAACAAUGAAUAAAGUUUACAUCACGAAUCACUAAAGAGGGAUUAUAGUUUUUAAUGGAAAAAAUCAUAGAAUCACAUUUGCAAUAACGCCAAUAACUAAUGUGUGAGUAUCCGUUCAAGAAUCUGAUGUUUUUACUCCUCGGGAAAUGUUAUGAUCGGAAUUCAAAUUACUGGUGCCACUGAAUUUUAAUAAUUUAUAAAAAUUAUAUAAAAUGGAUGAUAUGCAUUACACAAUUUUAUGCAAUGAAUCGUUCGAAGAAAAUAUAAAUCUAAAAAGUAACAUUUCGAUUGCAGUAGAUAGAUGCAAUAAUUAUACUAAUCACACGGAUUUGUAUAUAGAACCUACAUUUCUAUACGAUGUGCCCAUAAGCAUAAUUUUUCUUCUGUCAAUGUUCUAUGGUAUAAUUUCGGUCAUGGCAGUGGUUGGCAAUGCUUUAGUGAUAUGGAUUGUAACGUCCAGUAAACGGAUGCAUAACGUAACCAACUUGUACAUAGCAAACUUGGCAUUAGCCGAUAUUGUUAUCGGCCUAUUUUCAAUACCAUUUCAAUUUCAGGCUGCCUUAUUGCAACGAUGGAAUUUACCUGCUUUAAUGUGUCCAUUUUGUCCGUUCGUACAAGUACUUUCCGUAAAUGUGAGCAUUUUUACACUAACUGCGAUCGCAGUUGAUCGGCACAGAGCUAUUCUCAGUCCGCUCAGCGCAAUACCAUCGAAAUUCCGAGCAAAAAUGUCAAUAGCCACCAUUUGGGCAAUAGCUUUUGUACUUGCGACACCAAUGGCUAUUGCUCUCAGAGUGGAAUUUAUCGAAUACGAAGAUAGAGACGGCCGGAAGUUGGUUAAACCGUUCUGCUACAACGUUCGGCUUCCAGAGCGCUCUAUGCUAUUCUACAGGGUAACGCUUCUAUUUGUCCAGUAUCUAGUUCCCGUUGUCAUUAUAACUGUUGUAUAUAUGAGAAUGGCAUUACGGCUGUGGGGCUCACACGCACCAGGCAAUGCGCAGGACAGUAGAGAUGCAAAUUUAAUGAGGAACAAAAAAAAAGUCAUAAAGAUGUUAGUUAUUGUGGUUGGAUUGUUCGUUUUAUGUUGGUUACCAUUACAAACGUAUAACGUACUUCAAGAUAUAUUCCCAUCAAUAAAUCAGUUUCGCUAUAUAAACAUUGUAUUCUUUUGUUGUGACUGGCUGGCAAUGAGCAACAGUUGUUACAACCCAUUCAUCUAUGGAAUAUAUAAUGAAAAAUUCAAACGUGAAUUCCACAUAAAAUUGAGGCACUUCCGACGUGGUCGUUUUCGUAAUAAAUCAAACGCGAAUCACGGGAGGUUUUCCUCAAUGCGGUCCACCACAUUUUCCGAAUGGAAAAGAGGAUAUUCAACGCGGUGUACGGACAGAACGACAGCGAACGAUGUGUGCGUGGAUAGCUCACCAAAAAGAGACGAGUUGGAAAUGUUCGUGUGCAAAUCAGGCAAAAUCACGUUGAUCAAAUGCGGCAGUCGUUCAGACCUUAGAGAACUGUGUCUAUAAAAAACAAAAAAUGCUUUUUGUCUGGAGACAAAUAAUUACUCUAUGCGUCGGUUUAAUGUGUUAAAAUAAUUUUCGAUUAUAAUAUUAUAUUACAGUAAUAUUCUUACUCUGUGGUAAUACUGCAUUUAUUGUAAUAAUAAUGCUGAUAUCGUUAUGGCCCCAUAAGAAACGUGAUAAAGAUGAUCGCACCGAACUGGAUUCGGUAGUACCUAUAUAGUAUGUCCGUAUAACAACAAUAAUAUUGGAUAUUUAAUUAAAAUAAUGAUGCCACUAUUUUCAAGUUCGCAAGAGCAAAAUAAUAAUCCUUUGCCCGGCUACAUAAUACCGUGAAAUAUUAUUAUUACCAAGCAGUUACAUGAUUCUACGUAAUAUGUAAUUA